CAAGAGAAGCCAGUAGGGAGGUGAUUCAUAUUGCAAACCACACUGUCUCCGAAGGACCUGCGGGGCUGUGGAAAGACCGAACCGGAAUCCUCCUUUCUUCUACCUCCCUAACGGUUAAUCAGGGUAAUUAAGGCAGCAGGCUCAGUCUGGAUGGAUUUCAUUGCUGGGGCCAUUGGAGGUGGUCUGAGCACAGCAGUGGGCUAUCCGCUGGACACAGUGAAGGUGAGAAUUCAGACGGAGAGGCACUACAAUGGGAUUUGGCACUGCAUUCAGGAAACAUACAGGACAGAAAAAGUUUGGGGAUUUUACAAAGGCAUGUCUGCCUCGGUCCUCUCGGUAUCGGUGAUUUCUUCUGUUUCGUUUGGCACGUACAGAAACUUCCUCUGUACCAUCUGCAAGCUGCGAUACGGGGCUGCAGAUGCGACGCCGUCCAAGCUGGACAUUUCUCUCGCUGGAGGCGGUGCCGGAGCUGCCCGGGUUGUGCUGAUGGCCCCCAGUGAGGUGGCUAAAGUUCGCAUGCAGACUCAGAGGAACCCACACCCUUCCCUCACAUCUCCCCAGCCUGUUCCCAAGCCAAAGUACCGAGGGUCUCUGCACUGUCUGAAGGUGAUCGCCAAGGAGGAAGGGCUUGGGGGUCUCUACAAGGGCUGCUCUGCACUGCUCUGCAGGGACUGCUCUUCUUCUGCAAUAUAUUUCCUCACCUAUUCUGCUCUGUGCGACUGGCUCACACCAGCUGGGAAAAAUAAACCGGGGUUCCUGGUUGUGCUGCUGUCUGGUGGCUUUGCUGGGGUCCUGGCCUGGGGAUUAGCUACUCCCAUGGAUGUCCUCAAAUCGCGGAUGCAAACGGAGGAGUCGGAGCAGCACAAGUACAAAGGCCUCCUGCACUGUGCCAGGGAGAGCGUGAGGAGGGAGGGGGCAAAAGUGCUUUUCAAAGGACUGGGUUUAAACUGCAUUCGUGCCUUUCCUGUGAACAUGGUGGUGUUUGUAACGUAUGAAGCUGUACUGAGAUUCACAGAGCAUUAUACAACCAAAAAAUAG